CUGGUAAAUUAUCAUAUUCUGUAAGAACUUUGCUUUGUUUUUUUUUUUCUUCCCAAUUUGCUUCAAUGGUGUGAAAAUGACAGAGUUAGAUAACAAGAAGAUGGCAAUGCUAAAAUUGAUGGAGGGAGACGGAGAUUCAUUUGCCCAACGUGCUGAAAUGUAUUACAAGAAUCGGCCCGAAUUGAUUAACUUGGUCGAAGAUCUCUAUCGAUCUCACCGUUCACUUGCUGAGCGGUACGAUCGAGUUAAGUGCGGAUAUAGAAGUCGUCUCAUAAUAACAUUGGGAUCCCAAUUUUCUUCCAUGAAGUAUAUCUCAAAUAACACCUAUGAUAGAUGCUCCGAUAUUUUGGAUUAUGAAGACUAUGCAGAAUCCGACGUCGACGACCCCGACCCCAAACACGAACACAAUAAGGAUAUAUUAACAAAAGGAGAUGCUGAGACUGAAGAUGGUACCUUACUCGACCGAGAAAUAACCGGAGCUGUUCCUAGUGAGGCCGGAGUCGAUGAAGCGACGAAGUUAAGGGAAGAAGUAGAGAGAUUGAAAGAAGAAAACGAGAAUCUGAAGGCUGAAUCGUUGAAGAAGGAUGAAGAAAAGAGAGAGGUGAUUCGGCAACUGAGUUUUGCCAUCAAAGUGCUGAAGGAUGAGAAUGUGGAGUUGAAGAAGAGAUUGAUGAAAGAUUCCAUUAGGAAAUGGAAUCCCCUUGGAUUCAUCAAAUUAAAGGAUUCUUGAA